CUGGUCUCUGCUCCGGAGUUCCUGAGAGCCUGCGCUUUUCUCGUCAUUGAAACCCGUACAGGGGCUGCUGCGAAGUAUAAGCGGUAACGCUGGCGCUCUGCUACACACUGCCCAGGCAUUUACAAUCUGGACACGAUAGCGCUAGGGGCAACCCACUCCGCGGCGACGCAGCGUCGCGUACUUACUUUCGCCGAGCGGCUUGUGGAAAGUUCCUCUCUGGGCACUCGAGGUGGCGUCGAGGAUCUUGAGACGCAGUUCCUAGCGAGCGAGUCCGUUUUGGGGCCACUCGCUACCGAGAGCUUGUCGAGGACAACAGCGAGGCGUUCUGGUGGCUGCUCUCGCUGAGGACACCUCGCUGCCGACAUCUUGCGGAGGCUUGACGCCGACGCUCGCUGCCACCAAUGGACGAGCACGUGCAAGAGGGUCGUGCGAUUCCGCGGCGGCAGCGCCAGCGUUACGAUUGCCCGCACUGCGGCACGAAUCUGGCGCACGCACAGUGGAAUGAGCACCGCAGAAAUUUCGCCAGGUCCGGGUUCUGCUUACGCUCCCAACAACUUGCUGCAGACGCGGACGCCACUGCUGCUGCUGCCGCUGGUGCUGCCGCUGCUGCUGCCGCUGCUGCCGCCGCUGCUGCUGCCGCUGCUGCUGCUGCUGCCGCUGGUGCUGCCGCUGGUGCUGCCGCUGGUGCUGGUUCUGCUGCUGGUGGUGGUGGUGCUGCUGCUGGUGGUGCUGCUACCUCUGGUGGACGCACGCGCCACAAGGAGCGCGCCUCGUCUGCUGCGGCCAGCGGGCCGGGCCGCCCCCCGUCCUCAGGCUCCGGUGGCGGCAGCAAGCGCCGCCGCAGCGGCGGUGGCAGCAGCUCCAGUGCCCGCGCCAGUGGGGCCGCUGGCCCGCAGCCCGCGCCCGCGAAUGCGUCGGCUCCGGCGGCAACACCGCUCUACCGCCCCCACGUGGUGACCACGGGAAUGGCGGUGACAGUGCCGGCGGCCGCCGGGCCCCACCCCUGCAGCCUGCGCCCGCCGCACCACCCGCCCAUGCCGUCGCACCACCCGCCCAUGCUGCCGCCGCCGUACAUGCCGCCGCCGCCGCCGCACAUGCAACCGGAUCUGCAUCCGCACAUGCAGCAGCAUUGCCAGCAGUGGCAGCCGCAGCCUUGCGCGGCCGGCCUGUACGGAGGCGGAGGCGGCGCCGGCACGGGCCACAUUGGGAUGCCGCCGGGUACCAGCCCGCUCGAGGCCGCUGCCGCCGGCGUGCCGCCGCCGCCGCCGCCGCCGCCACUGGGCGCCGCCGCCUUUCCGGCCGCGGCCUACACGGCCCCAGCCACCACCAGCAGCAGUAACUUCAGCACCGGCGUCAGUGGCAAUAGCUGCAGCACCUAUGACAGCAGUCCGCUGAUGCCGCAGCUACAGCCGCUGACGGAGGACACGCUGCUGUCGUGCGGCUCCGCCGACAGCUACUGCCACCACCUGCCGCUGCGGUCGCCUGCUGCCGCUGCGGCGGGCGCUGUGGGCACGCAGCCGGCGGUGUCAGGCGCCACAGCCACCGCUGGCGCCGCCGCGGCCACCGCAGCUACUGCUGCCGCUGCUGCUGCCACAAGCACUGCUGACGCUGCCAGCACUCCUGCCACCACCUAUAGCGACCAGGAGCUCAGCGACCAGGAGCUCAGCGAUCUCGUGGAGUAUUACUUGCGCAUUACGAGCGAGCCCGAGCUCGCUGACGGUGUGGACAUGCGCGAGGGCUGGUAGGGGGCUGUAGGGGCUGGCAUGUGGGCGUGUAGGUGAUUGCAGGUGAUUGCCGGUGCAGGUGUGCGCUGGCCGGGGCUGACGGCCAAUGCGUCGGCAGGUGCUGUAGAAUAAUGGUGAGGGAGAUGGGGGGGUGUAUGUGCCUGUGUGUGCCUGUAUGUGCCUGUGUGUGUCUGUGCAUGCGCUUCGCCAUUCACUGUGUUUUGCAUGCGUUGGUGUGGGAAAGGUGCUGCACAUACAGAAGGGCAGUUUUUGCUGCCUUCUUGCGCGCGUUCUGGGAUAAGCACAGCCUGGCAGGUGUUUGCCUGAUGGGGGGCCCGAAGGGUACCUGCCUGCUUUAGAGUGUAAUCAGUGGAUUGCGGCAAUGUGACUCUGGUAAUGGUGGUGGCGGCAAUGGGAUAGAAAGAUGCGCGCUUAUGCACUGCUGGCGCCUGUUAACCGGUUCCUGUUGUCUGCGCCGGAUAAAGGAUUGGGGGGCCGCGUGGUUGCUUUCCAGAUACGACAAUCGUCUUGGAACGCUGUGAUGGCAUAAUUAGAGGGAAAGGGUUCCAUAGGUCACACCCCUGUGAGAGGAGGGAUGCGGCUGAGAGGAGGACGAUGUGAUAACGCCCGACCAACGCUAAAACCAUCGGAUGCGUGGGCUGAUCGAUGAGUCGCCGGUGCUUGCGUGCCAACUGCUAAGCUUGCCAGCCCCUGGCAAGAACCAAUACAUACUU